AUGCCCCUUGGUGACAGCGACAUUUAUGGAGCCAACGCCCAACGCAGUAUCGAACCCAAUCAUGUUCAAUGUGAGGGUUACUCCUGCAUGUUCAUCAUGAUGUGCAGCAUUUUGAUUUUGGCAGUGUUAGCUUUCUGGGGAUGGGUUUGCGAAAGAGCAAGUGACGCCUACACAAGCUUCGAUCACGUUUACACGCAGUAUGCCAUCAUGCCUUCAGCUGUGACAAUUCUGGAAAAGAAAGUUGCACAGAUGGAAACAGAUCCCAGACGACCCAGAACCAAGAUGAACCAAGGGAUUGUCCAUGGAGGUGACGAUACAGAUAUGGAUCAAGUUGUGAGUGAAGCUGGAGAAGAAGAAAGCCGUGAAAAUGACCCAGCAGUCAAUCCAGAAGAUACUCCAGAAAUCACACAGGUCACCAUGACAUUCCGAAAUGAGCUGAAACGCAGAGAGCGAUGGAGUGAUGCAGCUGUUUUCCAAAGGGGUGUGAUGCAAGCUUUGGAUUUGGUAAAUCAACAUCAGCCAGUGCCAGUAGAGCUGAAACAACACCCUUUCUAUGCACUAGCUGCUGACCUUCAAACUCUGGUCAACCGCCAUGCUGAGACCGACGCCAAUCUGUCAGAGAGAUACCAACAGUAUGUGAACCAACUCAGAGAGAUGGCCUAUAAUGUAGUCAAGGUCGAGCAGUGUAGCAUCGCCAAGCGCCUCUACUAUCUCGAACGCCUUCAGCGCCCUCAGCGCCUUCAGCGCCUCCGCCCUCAGCGCCUCCAGCGCCUUCAGCGCCUUCAGCGCCCUCAGCGCCUCCAGCGCCUUCAGCGCCUUCAGCGCCCUCAGCGCCUCCAGCACCUUCAGCGCCUUCAGCGCCUUCAGCGCUCUCAGCGUCCUCAGCGCCUUCAGCGUCCUCAGCGCCUUGAUUCAGCGCCUUCAGCGCGCCCUCAGCGCGCCCUCAGCGCCUUCAGCGCCCUCAGCGCCUUCAGCGCCUCCGCCCUCAGCGCCUCCAGCGCCUUCAGCGCCUUCAGCGCCCUCAGCGCCCUCAGCGCCUUCAGCGCCUUCAGCGCCUUCAGCGCCCUCAGCGCCUUGACGCCUUCAGCGCAGCGCCCUCAGCGCCCUCAGCGCCUUCAGCGCCUCCAGCGCCCUCAGGCACCUUCAGCGCCUCAGCGCCUUCAGCGCCCUCAGCGCCUCCAGCUCCAGCGCCCUCAGCGCCUCCAGCGCCUUCAGCGCCCUCAGCGCCUCCAGCUCCAGCGCCUCCAGCGCCUUCACCCCUCCGCCUUCAGCGCCCUCAGCGCCUCCAGCGCCUUCAGCGCCUUCAGCGCCCUUCAGCGCAUCCAUCGCCUUCAGCGCCUUCAGCGCCCUCAGCGCGCCUCCAGCGCCCUCAGGGCCACCCUCAGCGCCUUCAGCGCCCUCAGCGCCUUCAGCACCCUCAGCGCCUUCAGCGCCCUCAGCGGCCUCAGCGCCUUCAGCGCCUCCAGCGCCUCCAGCGCCCUCAGCGCCCUCAGCGCCCUCAGCGCCCUCAGCGCCCUCAGCGCCUUCAGCGCCUUCAGCGCCCUCAGCGCCUUGAGCGCCUUCAGCGCCUUGAGCACCUUCAGCGCCUUGAGCGUUCUCAGCGCCUUCAGCGUUUUCACCGGUUUUAGCGCCUUCAGCGCCCUCAGCGCCCUCAGCGCCCUCAGCGCCUUCAGCGCCUUCAGCGCCUUCAGCGCCCUCAGCGCCUGGAGCGCCUUGAGGUCCCGCAACGAGUACAAGGAGAAGUGCGAUGAUCUGAUUCUUCGCGCGAAUCAAAGUCCUAUCACCCCGCCGACUAUGCAGGAGAUGUUGGACUUCGACGAGAUCCGCCAGAAUGAGAAGCGAAACUACGUGAACGCAUACCGAGCGCUGCAGAAAGACCUCCAUGAGGCCAAAGCGCCGGAAGAGGUUUGGAUUUUCAAGAGUGGCUCGUGCUACCACCGUAGCGACUGCGGUCACAUGCCGGUGAAAAGAGCCAAAUUUAGGCAAAUGCAGAGAGUCAUCUCUGUGCUCUUCGUUUCCUUCGUUUCCUUCUGUGCUAGAGGGGCAAAAAUUCACAGUGAAGCAAUUUCGGAAAGCGGCAUUGCAACAUCUGAGAACGCUGGAGGGACAUCAGGCUUUCAACUUCCUCCAGCAGGAUCAUACAUUGCAAUUCGCGGCCUAAAGGAGGGCAGGUGGUUGCGUAUCCAAGGGUGUCAGGUUGGACACUCCUGGGGCGGGAACGACAACCUUGCAGAUGAGGCCAGAGCUGAGCGCUUCAAGCUGGUGGGCACUGGCUCGGGCACACAUGCCUUACACAACACCGAAUGGAACCGGUACCUCAUCAUGAACGGUGGAUCUCUGCAGGUGAGUGAAGUCCUGAGUGAAUUUGAGUGGGCACGGCUCCCGGCAGGAGGGAGAUUCAGCUUUCAGUCGACUCCGUAUGGCCAUGCGAUUUGGAGUGCUCACAACGAGCGGUUCAUCAUCAACGAGUUCUCAGCCAUUAAAGUUGGCCCGGUUGAGGCGAUCACCGCAGGUUUGGGGAUUGGAGGACCACAAAGUGAUGUAUCAAAGUAUGAUUUUCGAGUGCUGCAUCAAACCUACACCAGGCCAUGUCCUAGUCUCCACACUUCGCAUGGAGCAAGCUGCAAAGCUGAUAUCAUUGGCAAGACCAUUGGUUUGUACAACACAUAUCAUGAGCGCUAUAUUCGGGUCAAAGAAGGUGGUUGGGCAGAUGCAUCAGCUGUCAUUCCAAGACACACCUUUCCAGGUUGGGAAUACUCGGUCCCACCGAACUUGCCAAAUGGCUGGACAUGGGAGAGAUUCGAAGUGGUGGAUGCGGGCAAUGGAAAUAUUGCUCUUCACAACAUUGAGCACAACCGUUUCCUCGCAAUGGAUGCUCAGGGCUUUAUCCGGGCCGGUGGACUUCGUGAUGCAGGUGAACUCAACUGCGAUGCCAGCGGCGGCGAGCACUUUACCUUGGUGGACUACGCUCCAAACGUUGCUCUCCACAAUCCACACUUUCAGCAUUUUGUGAAGAUGGACGGCUCAGCACUGGUUGUCCUCGGUCCUAUGGGCUUUGACCAGUUGCAGAGCUCCCACACAUGGGAGAAGUUUCUUGUGAAAACCGAGUCCUAUCAGAAAGAUGAUUGUCCGUAUCUCUACUUUCCAAAAGGAGCUAGCUGCAAGCCUUGGUUGAUGUCCCAGAAGGUGUCGUUCUACAACCCCUGGCACCAGCGCUUUAUGAAAAUGAUCAACAUCGAUAGUGCCGACUUGGUCACCACGCAUCAACAAGGAGCAGAUGAUUUGUGUGACUCCUGCGAUGAUGAAAGGUUCCGAGUAGUGGACGUUGGAAUGGGAAUGCUUGGCUUGUACAAUGAAAAGUUUGGGCGGUAUGUUCAAAUGACCGACACGCAGAAAAUGCGUUCCACCCACGUCAUGGCCAAGGCAGAUCUUCAAGGUGGCUGGCAGUGGGAGAAGUUCCAGGUGGUGGAUCUUGGGAACGGCAAAAUUGGCUUGCACAGCGGCUACUUCAAUCGAUUCGUGAUGAUGGACUAUCAAACAGUGAUUACGACAGCUCAGCAGUAUAAUUGGAAUUCACCCCCAACAGGUGAUUGGGAAAGGUUCACCGUCACCUACAGCGGCUAUGGGGACCACUGGACUCCAGAGCCGUGGGAAUAUUUUACCGAUCAAAGGUGCAAAGGCUUCCCGUACACCUAUGACGAGUGCGGGGGAAACUGCGAUGGCUGGUCUCAGAUCACACAGGCUGAAUGUCAAGCAAAGUGUGAGAAUGAUGAUAAGCCCGCGGGCUGUCAGCAGGACCAGACCUGCAUGGGUGCAGUCUAUUAUCCAAGCAACGGCUGGUGUCACCUGUACUCUAUUUGCCCAGAGACAGAGAGCUAUGUGGGUGCUGUAGCUAUCAGGAGAAAAGUCAGUCCUUUCAGUUUCCUCGAAGUGCACUCCUCUGUGACGAAGCAGAUUGCACUCCGCGGUGAGGCUGAGAUGGCUGAGAAGGAUGGUCUUGAGAAGCUACAAGAGCUGGCCGUGUCGCUUCCCAUCGCCCUCGUCAACUUGACCAAUUACUCUGGGCUGAUCAGCAGCGGCAAAAAUGUGACGCAUCUCAACAUCGCGUACCGCUUUGGCAACUAUUCAAAGGAUCUUGAGCUAUUAUAUGAUAAAACUGCCGGAUUCUAUGGUGCCUUGCAUGAGGUCAUGGGUGAGGAUGCCAACAAGUAUUGCCCUCUAAAAGAUUGGACUCACAUAGAGCAGUGCAUCAGAAUUGCAAGUUGCCUCAUCGAGCCAGCGGUAGAGGCUGGUAAGCUUCCCAUUGCCUUCUUGGUGGCGAUCAUGGAGCAACUCGCCAGCUUUGACAUCAUUUGGAACAUGCUUACCGAAGCUUUGAUCAAGGAGUCAAACAUCAACCAGACAGCUCCCGGUCAAUUCCCGCCAGAAAAAUACAGGUGCGACAUGUUCGACAAGUUGGAUGCCACAAGCUUGGCUGUUCCGUCCAUGAUCCAGGAGAAUCAGGAGAAUCAUGAGGACACUGCUGCGGUGCGUUCGGCCUUUUCAACGUCUGCAGCCUUGGACAAGGCCACCCGGGAGUCUCAUCAAAUUCUGAAUUCUUUGACAUCCUCAGACAAUGUGUCGCAUUCGGUUGUGAAGCGCUGGGAGGAAACUUGGUAUCCUGUAUGUGUGAGGAUGAAGUGUGACCACACGAACUACUGGGAUGUUGCUUUAGCCAGCUACAAGCAGACCCUACUCUUCAUGAAAAGUGGAGCGCUCUCUCAUUUGAAGGCUGAGAUUAUCAACCGCACUACUUUGCAACGGCGCUUCCAAAGUCAUCUCUCAGAACAUCCAGUGCUGGUGCAACUUUGGCGCCGCGAGGCGCAAGCUUCCUCUCUGGAGGCUGCGCAUGCCUAUGGCCUUGCUGGCAACAAGGCUGUGAAACGAGUUCUGAAAAAGUUUUUUGAAUCACCUGGCGGAGUCUCGAAGAUGAUGAAGCUUGUCGACCGCGUGGAGUUUGAGAAAUGGCAGCGAACCAAAGCUGAAGCUGAAGAUGCUGAAGCUCAUGGAGAAGCUACACCGUUGCGCCAGGUGUCCAACCAGUCACUUGCCCAUCUUGCACUGUUGAGCACACGAAGUGAAGGGAUCUGGGAUUUCUUUGAGGCAAUGGUCGAAUGUUUCGGGAAGUGGUCGCUGUGGUAUGCUGAGGGCUACUACAAAGCUUUGGGCUCCUAUGGCUCGGUCUCCUUUGGCUGGUCCGGUGGCAGUGCAGGCGCCUUCGAAAGCUUGGUCAAGGAGCUGGUGGUUCCUUCAGCUUUCGUCUCGGUUUGGGCUGCUAUUGGCGUUGGCUUGAGUGCAUCAAUACCUGGUUACCUUCCGAGUGCUUGGAUUGGGCUCAGUGCCUCCAUUUCUGCGAGCCUUGGCUGCUCGAACAACGUCGAAGUCGCGCUCAGCGUUGGAGCGAUGGCAGCAGGUAUUAUGCCGGUCUUUACUCAUCCAAUGUGCCCAAUGGGUGGAAACUGGUUUGGCAUCAAAUGCUUCUACGCCAUAGGUGCUGAUGUCUACGGCUAUGAUGGCCCCAGAGACCUGCUCACAAUCAGAACUGAAGGUGAAAAGGGCCCAGUGCUGAUGGGCUUCAAGCUUCAAGGUGAGGAACCUCCUUUGUUUCCUGACCCAGAACGUCGAGAUGCUGCUGAUGACGUCUUGCCAGCGCCUGAGGAUGAAGUGCUUGGCUUAGAAAUUGGUGGUGGGGAAAUUCAAGGUGGAACUGAUGUUCCUAUGCAAGGGCGAUUGGUUGUGACACCCUCACCAGUUGACAUGGUUGUUGUGAACGGUGUUGAACUUUCAGAAUCAAGCGCUUUGAGGGCCCUUCGUGAUGGCCUUACCCACUACGGUUUGAGCACUUCAGGUUCAAAAGUGAACUGCUUUGCAAGGUUGUUGAGCCAUCAACAGGCAUUAGAACUCCAAGUUGUCCAUGCAGCAGCUGAACGUGCCCAACAGGAGUUGACCAGGACUCCAAAUGCAGUGAAGCUUGAAACGCCGCCUUCAUUUGCAGAGCAGCAACAGCAUUUCCUUACACACCUUCCUUAUGCUCCAUGGUGCAGUAGCAUGAGCGUUCAGGAUGCAGAUUCCAAAGAAACCUCCACGAUCACCAGCCUGGUGAUGGCUGACAGCUCAAGCGGUUACAUUCAUGUGACACCUUUGCGUAGCAAGAAUCAGUGGAGUUUGAUGGUGCUAGAACUCUUAGGAUUUGCUGGUUUGCUUGGAGCAUUCGAAGAGUUGACACCAACUGGAAAUCUCAUUAAUUUGAAGUACUAUUUGAAUUUCACACAUUGGAGUUGGGAAUGCAAGCCUGGCUAUGGUGGACGUGUUUUGCCAACCAAAGCCACGAAAACUGCAAUUGGUGCAAGCUACAGUGGUCCAACAGGUACCAUUGAACCAAGUCCUUUUGUGGAUGAGGAUGCUGAGGCUGUCAAACAGAAACAUCUUGAAGAAGUACGAGAAGAAGAGGAAUUGUCAGAAAUGGCUUUGCAUGAUCGAGUUGCCCCAAAGGCGACUGAGAUUCAGGAGGAGCCAGAAGUUCAGAUUGUUGAACCUUCCAUUGAGGGAGGAAUUUUCGAUGAUGAAGGUGAAAUGACCGUGGCCCAUGCUCCAGAGCCAAUUCUGCAAUCCCAAGCUUCAGCUUCAGCCUCAGCCCCUGCUUUUCCUAUGGAUGUUCCACAAGCUCCAGAUGUUGGUGUUGAAGCCCCUGUGACACCACGCCAUUCUCCCACAACACGUACUCAUGCAGUUGACAGUGAUGAUGAUCAUGAAGCCAAGCGUGCAAGGGUUGAAGCAGCCAAGAAACAACGCUUGGACAGAAUCAGUUCUGAAUACAGCUCAAUGAUUACAACGUCCCGCCGUGGGACAGUGUGCUCGCAGGGGGCCCAGCCCCGGCGCACGCCGACGAGCCAGGAGAACCACUCCGCGGCUGGCAACGGGUACUGUAGCCACCAUCCCAACUGA